UUUACAUGAUUAGCUUAAUCAGGUAAUAUUAAUUACAGAGAAAUCAUUUUAUAAAUUAGCAUGUCAUAUCACUUAAUCCGGCAUAGCCAAAGACACGACAGCAUGCUGUACUAACCAGUCUUUCCUGUUGGUAGAAAACAAUUAAGGCAUCUAUUAGGUUAUAGUUAUAUUCAAGAAUCACUGCAUAUACUUGAAAUAAACAAUAGCCUUAGAAAUAACAUGGCUCCUGCACAGUCUCCUCCAGGAUGAAAACAUUUUCAGGUAUGAAGAUGUCAUCCUGUAAACAAACAAAUGUUUUGUUAACACUGAACCCUAAUAUCAGUUGGUAUCAACAAGCUACCUGUCUUGUAUGCUUUGUCAACCCACACACACACACACAGCAAAUACAGGGACAUUUUUUUUCAGCAAACAUUAGCAAUGUCAACUUCAGUCUAGCUAAAUGAGGUGGAGCUAACAAAACAUUACAAAAACAAAUCUGUCAACAAAAAUGUAUUAUAGUAACGUUACUUAACUGAGGUGGAAGCUAGCUAACUAACGUUACCUAAUAACACGGGUACACAAAAACUGUUGCAACUUUAGUUGCAGUUGAGUUGCUUGCUAACGUUAUUUGCAGUGGGGUUUUACACAAAACACUUCAGACGCAAUUAUUGACUUACAUUCAACUAGAGUUGCAACAAAAUUGUCCGGUGUCUAACGUCAGCAUAGUCAACAACAUUCAUGACCGGUUAACGUUACCUCAGGCUCCUGGCAUUGCAUUGACUCGUGUCGCCACCUCUGUUCAGUUGCUUUUGCUUGACUCUCCAAAGUCAGCGAUGUUGAUGAUGGUUGGUCGGUAACCCCUACACCAUAACCCUCUUAAUGUCAAAUGGAGGCGCAAGCAGAGGGCUUCAACAUAGGCCUAUGACUCCUUUCCAUUCGGAAACUCCCGGUUGCCGCAUCAAAAGUGCCCUUCAUCGCGAAGUCUGCCUCUGCGAAGUGCUGUCUGCACAUCCUACUGGCUCAAGCUGGCAUGUCCUUCCUCUUCGGGACAUGGAGCCACUUCUUCAAAAGUUGUUGUUCCUUGGACAGCCGAUGGUAGUUUACCAAGGGAUUCUUCUGGAGCCAAUUCAUACAGUCUGGCGCUAUGAAGUUCAUGUUUGAAUUACUACUUGUUGUUGCCAUCUUCGUUGUCCACACCUAAUCUCACUCUCUUCGAUUCACUCUGCGCGAAAGCUCAAUACCACAGACAAUUUGCUAUGGCAAUUUAAAAUGGCGCUGACCAUAGCUGAAAUAAACCUUGUCAGCGAUCAAAAUACAAAAAAUAGAGAUGUUUUUAAGUUAAAUGAACAUGUUUAGUGCUUAGAUUUACUUCCUAAACUGUUUCCAUUCCCCUUUAAAUCAGAUGCUACUGAUAUGGUGGAACAGAAGGUUAAGUGUUCUCCACAAUUUAUCAAACUCGAAUGGAUUUGAAAUGCAUAAGAGUAAAAUAUAUUUGUAACUGUUUUCUAGAUAACAGCUAUUGUCUUUAAUUUGGUAUGGUUUAGUACACAUUUGCUGUUUUAGAUAUUAGGAGUUCUGAAGAAUACAACAAUAGGUUUUCAUGAGUUCACUCAUGUUCCGUAGAUUGAGACUUGAGAGAAAGAGAUGGGGAGCAAUUGCUCCAAAGUGAGGAGAGAAGAUGGGGACACAACCGCUUUCUCCAAAAAUAAAAGUUUGUCUUGGAGAAGAAAAAAGGGGGACACUGAAGGGAGGAUAGCAGAGGGCAACAGUCUCAUUGGUGGAGAAACGCCCUGUCAACAAAGUUUUCCUAGCCUACAAUCCCCAUUCUCCCCAGCAUACAAUCCCCAGUUUUCCCUCACAGCUGAGGGUAGAAGCAAUCUAUGUGCCCCAGUGAUCAGCAAUAAUGAAGUAGGAGGUAGCAUCAAUAUCACUCAGAACAUCACUCAGAACAUCAUUCAGAAAAACGAUGACCCCUCCCAGGUUGCACAAUGCAGUGACACACAAAAAAAACUCAUACAGAGAGUUAAAGAGGAACAUAAAGCCAGUCUGAAGCAGAAGUUUAACUUUGUGUUUGAAGGCACUGAAGAGGAAGAAACUUCCCUGAACAGCAUCUACACACAGCUCUAUAUCACAUUGGGAGAGAAUGAAGGAGUUAAUAAAGAACAUGAGGUUUGGCAGAUUGAAUAUACAUCCAGGAGAGAAACAUCAUCAUACACUCCAAUCAACUCUAAUGACAUAUUCAAACCCUUAGCUGGACAAGAGAAAGAAGAGAAGAGACCCAUCAAAACGGUGCUGACAAAGGGCAUUGCUGGCAUUGGAAAAACAGUCUCCGUGCAGAAGUUCGUCCUUGACUGGGCUGAAGGAAAGGCCAAUCAGGAUUUGGAUUUCAUCUUUGUGCUCCCUUUCAGAGAGCUGCAUUCAAUCAAAGAUGAUGAGUUAAGUCUUCAUGGACUUAUAAAUGACUUCCACCCUGAACUUACAGAGAUAGAAAACGCAAAGAUAUAUGCUACGAGCAAAGUUCUGUUCAUCUUUGAUGGUCUGGAUGAAAAGCGACAUCCACUAAAAUUCAAUACCAAGAGGGUGACUGAUGUUACAAAGACAGGUAACAAUGUAGAUGUAUUGGUGACAAACCUCAUUGAGGAGAAGCUGCUUCCCAAAGCUCUGAUCUGGAUAACCUCUAGACCUGCAGCAGCCAAUCAGAUUCCCCGUAGAUACAUCAACCUGGUGACAGAAGUACGAGGGUUCGAUGAGCGACAGAAAGAGGAGUACUUCAAGAAGAGGGUCAAGAAUGGGGAAGUGGCCAGAAGAAUCAUUGCACACAUUACAACAUCAAGAACCUUCAAAAUCAUGUGCCACAUACCAGUCUUCUGUUGGAUUUCCGCUAAGGUUCUUGAGGAACUGUUGAGAGAAAAUGUGAAUGGAGAAAUCCCUACAACUCUGACUGAGAUGUACACUCACUUUCUGCUUAUUCAAAUACAGCUGGCACAAAAGGAUCCUGGGCAUGAGAGAGAUAAACAGAAGAUCUGGGAAUCAAAUAAAGACUUCCUUCUGAAACUGGGAAAGCUAGCGUUUGAACAUCUGGAGAAACGCAAUCUCAUGUUCUAUGAGGAAGACCUGAAUGAAUAUGGCAUUGACAUCAGUGAAGUUGCAGUCUACUCUGCGUUGUGCACAGAAAUCUUUAAAGAAGAGAAGGUGUACAAAAAGAAGGUGUACUGCUUCAUGCAUCUGACCAUUCAGGAGUUUGUUGCUGCCCUCUUUGUUUUCCACUGUUUCACAACCAAGAGCCUCAAGACGUCAUCGAGCCUCAAGUCUUUCCUGAUGGAAGGUUCAGAACCAUAUCUCAAAGCUAUCUUGGAGAAGGAGCCUGUAGACCUUCCCUUAGAUGAGUUGAUGGAGAUUACCAUGUACAAUUCUGUGUCUAGAGAAAAUGGAGAGAUGGACAUGUUCCUCCGCUUCCUUCUUGGAAUGUCUAUGGAAUCCGUUCAGUGUCUCCUACAAGGCCUGCUGCCAAAGACAGAGAACAGUUCAGAGAUUGUUAAAGAAAUGAAGAUAAUACUUAAGGAGAUGGAUCUAAUUGAUGUGUCCCCUGAGAGGUGCCUCAAUCUCUUCUCUUUGACUGAAGAAGUUAAAGACCAUUCCCUACAUGAAGACAUUCAGAGAUAUCUGUCAGAAAAGGAAGCAGACAGAGAGCUCUCACCCGCUCAUUGCUCAGUUCUGGCCUAUGUACUUCUGAUGUCAGAGAAGGUGUUGGAUGAGUUUGUCCUGAAGAAAUAUAAAACCUCCCAAAAGGGGUUUUUCAGACUUCUUCCAGCUGUGAGGAACUGCAGAAAGGCAAUAUUUGAAGGCGUUUAUCUGGAUAGAUGGUACUGUGCAACGUUGGCCUCAGCUCUCCAGUUACCAAACUCACCAUUGAGAGAACUGCACCUGAUAGAUUCAAUCUGGCUGGAUUCAGAAGUGGAUGUGCUCUGUACUGGACUGUCUAGCCGAGACUGUAAACUGGAAGCACUGAGUCUCUGCGGGAAUGGACUCUCAAACGAGAGACGUGAUCAUUUGGUCUCGUCUAUGAAAACAGUUCUCAGCUGCAACCUGAGAGAGCUGGGCUUGAGUAACUUCACACUGCAGGAUUCUGUAGUUGAGGUACUCUCUACUGGACUAGGGAGUCAACACUGUAAACUGGAGAUACUGAGGCUGAAUCGAAAUACACUACAUGACAACUUCUGUGAAGUACUAGUCUCAGCUAUCAGCUCAAAUUCCUCUCAUCUGAAAGAGCUGGACAUUGUUCACUGUGACCUGAUCGAUUCAAGAGUGGAGCUUCUCUCCACUGGACUCAAAAGUCCACACUGUAAACUGGAGAAAUUGAGGCUCUAUCAAUGUAAUCUCAAUAACGCAAGUUGUGAAGCACUGGCGUCAGCCAUUAAGACCAUCCCCUCACACCUGAGAGAGCUGGACCUGAGUAACAACGACCUGAAGGAUUCAGGCGUAAAGCUGCUGUCUACUGCCCUGGGGAAUCCCCACUGUAAACUGGAGACUCUGAGGCUGCCAUUCUGUAGAGUCACAGAGGAAGGCUGUGAUUCUCUGGCUUCAGCACUAACGUCAAACCCCUCCCACCUGAGAGAGCUGGACCUGAGCUACAAUCACCCAGGAGAUUCAGGAGUGAAGAUGCUCUCUGCUACAAUGGAAGAUCCAGACUGUAGACUGAAAAUCAAUAUUGACCACAACGAAGAGUGCUGGGUGAAUCUGGAGCUGCUGAAGAAGUAUGCCUGUGAUCUCACACUGGACCCAAACACAGCAAACAAACACCUCUCUCUGUCUGAAGGAAACAGAGCGGUGAGAUAUGAGAUUGAGGAACAGCCAUAUCCUGAUCACCCGGAGAGAUUUUAUGACGCUUUUCAGGUUCUUUGUAGAGAGGGUCUGACUGAGCGUCAUUACUGGGAAAUGGAGUCAACUGAUGACGUUGUUCUCGGCGUGACGUACAAAGGAAUCAAAAGAAAAGGCAGCAUCAGUAAUGACUUUGUCAUUGGACACAAUGACAAGUCCUGGUGUAUGGAGUACAAAACACAUUUCUGUCAUAAUGGCGCAGAUAUUGAAUUCCCCCCCUUUAGGGACCCCUCCAGGCACAGAAUAGGAGUGUAUCUGGACUGGCCGGCCGGCACUCUGUCCUUCUACACGGUCUUCUCUGACACAUUGACCCACCUGUACACAUUCCACACCACAUUCACUGAGCCCCUCUAUCCAGCUUUUGGACUAGCCGGCUGUAACCCUUGCUCAGUGUCGUUGUGCCAGGUAGAGUAGCCUUUUCGGUCCUGGAGGAACACCUGGGUCUCCAUGACAACAGUCACACACACCAUCCUGUUCUAACCGUGUGACUUGAUGGCGUUGACAGUGGUCAUGAAUUCAGAUAUGGACAUGAAUAAAUCACAGUUGUCGUGAGAGGAUUAUAUUGUAUUCCUGUGACUGUACAUCCGUGUUCUGUAAAAAGCCUUUGACUUUGAAUACGAGAUAUUUUAUUGUUAAGUGUGAUCAAAUUAUUUGUAAAUAUUACUCGUUUGUUAAAUGUGUUGCAUCAUACAGGAAACAUAACACACCUGUCUGUGUACAGGAGGCCAGAGUUUCUCAAGAGAAAUAAAGCUUUGGUUUAGACACUAA